GUUCAUUGAAAUAGUAACGCGCCUACUUUAGUUAGAACGGUACAAUUAAGUAGCGUGUCUGCGGUGGUAGUAUUUUAUCAAUUACAUAUUUAAUAGCUAGUAAUAUCGAAGUGUGCGUCCCAGUGUAAUCACAUCCAGUCGUUACCUUCUUGUCAAUGAAGAGAUUCAGUAAAAAGGACUGGAAGCCAUGUGAGCUCAAACCAAUUGAAAAGGAAGUUUCGAAGCCCAUUCCGGGUGUACCUAUUCAUUUCAAUUACGGAAUAUUUUUUGAUGACGAUUAUGACUACAUGCAACAUCUGAAAUCCGCCUCCGAUACCAGAGAAGGUUAUACUAUAUCAGUAAUACCCGAGGAUUGCCCAGAAGAUGAUUGUAAUCCACCUGAAUCACCAGAAUUGCGUGAACCAGAAGUUGAUUACGACGAACAUGCUGUAAGCGAUCUUAACAUGGACUCAGAUGCAGAAUCUUUUGACAUGGAAAGUGAAAUAGAAGAUAACUUCGUGGAACUCGCAGGUGGACACGCAGUAAAAGAUUCAGAGACUGAAUCUGAAGAAGGAGAGAAUUCUAAAGCAGCUGAGAAUAAUAAACCUGUCAUAGAUGCAAAACCAAUAGAAACAGAUAUGUCAAAACUCUCAAGAGAUAAAGUCUCACUCAUGGAACGUUUCUUAUACGGUACCAACGAACGUUCAGCGAACACUUCAAGUUCUUAUCCACCUGACAAUUCAUCCGAAGAUGAUUAUCCAGAUGAUGCAACCAUUAUGAACAGAGAGUUUGAAAAGCUUGUAUUGCAAUACAAAUCUCGAUCAACCUGUGGGCAAUCUAUGGUUUCUGGAUCGUCAGUAAUGAGUGAAGGUUUAGUGUAUGCCCUUAGUCGUGAUAUUGCUAUCGCUAAACGGAGCUCUAAACAGGAUGAUGAAGAUCUAGAUGAUGAACUAAAAGCUAUAACAAUUAAGAAGAGCUACGAAUUAAAUGGAAGCGAACAAGAAGAUACAGAAAGUGAUCAUUCUUCUGAGGAGCAAGGAAGUUCUAAAAACACAGUUAUUUCAGAUUUCAAUGCACUGAACGUUUAUGUAGUAAAACACAGGAUGUAAACCGUGUUUUAUCCACUAAGUCAAAUUUCCCGUUGUGGACUAGUCACCCACCUCAUUCAAUAACCUGAUUAUACUUAAUUCGAAAUUCCCGCUUACUGACUCUCUGAAAGCUAGGAAAGAGGCUGUUAUCCACCCGCAAGACUUCAGCCGUAAAUGAAUGACCACUGGAAAAAUAAUCUCACCCUGAGAAGAUGCAGAAAGCAAGACUUAUUGAUCCAAGUAAAAUGCAUAUGACCAGAAAUUACAAUCAAUUAUAUAUUUAUAUUCCAUGACCGAUAACUUCUAGGAUCAGUGUAAACAAGCUGUAAUGUGAUUCCAUAUCAGAUAAGUUUAUUUGAUAUAACACACUAUGAUACUACAAUAUUAAUAACUGGUGAUUUAUUGCUCAUGGUCAUAUCAAUUUAGUCACACAACUAACUUCAUAAUAUGCUCCACAUAUUUUCCUCUUUCUCCCUUGUUAUUUUGAAAACAAUUUUCCAUGUAUCCAGGAUAGGCAUUGCAUCAUUUCGAUUGCACAUGUUUGGUGUUGAUUCAAUGAACAAAAGAUUCAGUGAUUAACCCCUCUCUCCAUCUAUAUUAUAUUUUACUACUUCUACCCUAUCCCGCCAUAUUUUGUCAUUAUAUGCAAGUGAAUGCAUUGCAGUGACCCAGAGUUUAUCUGGAUUAUUUGACUUAGCAGGGUGAAUCAUUCUAAGUCUAGUUAAGUCUCUUUGUCCCGAUAAUCUUACUGACACUGAUCUGCUAGUUUUUCCUAUGUACAGUUGACCUCACUUUCAGUCAUCACAUAAUAUUUGGUAAAUUAUUUUUCAUAAUUGGAUCUAUUAAGGUCCUUAAGUUAACAAAGUCUGUCUCUGAGUGAGUUGGUUUGUCUAUAUGUCACCCUAAUUCUAUUUUUAUUCAGAAUCUUCUUCUUUAUAUGGCAGUAAUAUUGAGGCUUUAAAUUCCUCAUUAUUUAUAUUAAUUUCAUUAUUUACAUUACUAACCCAGUUUUACUUAUAGGUCUUCACACUUUCUUCAGUAAAAUCUGGUUGAUAGUUAUUCACUAUUAAUUCCCCCCCUCCUAUUUGUUUAAUUUCAUUAUUUAAAUCUGAAUUAUUAACUAGACUCCUGAACCAAUUAUACAGACAUCUAGCUAAACCCUAUCUUUACGGAUUCCGGCUAGGAUGAAUUAAAGCCCAGGUGUUUAUUAGAAUGUGCCAGUUCCCUAUAAACUCUUAUAUCUUACCCAUCAUUUGUUUACUUUUUAGCUAGACCAAAAAUGAUUGAUACUGUAUAUAAUCGGACUAUGGUAAAAUUGGCUAAAAGUAGUAAAAUACAAUAUAGUUAGAUGGGAAGAGGGAGAAAGGGAGGCUAAUCAACACCAAACGCGUUCAAUCGAAAUGACGCAAUGCCUAUCCUGGAUACAUGGAAAAUUGCUUUCAAAAAAUAACAAGGGGGAAAGAGGAAAAUAUGUGGAGAAUAUUAUGACGUCAGUCGUGUGACUAAAUUGAUAUGACUUUGAGCAAUAAAUUGUGCUCAAAGCGUCAUCCAGUUAUUAAUACUGUAGUAUCGUGAUGUAUUAUAUCAAGUAAACUUAUCUAAUAUGAAUUUAUGAUGAUGCGGGUGUACUGCUCAUCAAUCCGCUCCGUCCUCCUUUAUGGCUGUGAGACCUGGCCACUGAGAGUG